UCGAUGCCGAAAGAGUGGAGAAUCGUAUAUAUUUUUAAAUUAUCGUACAGAAAUUUAACUUCACAUACUUUCCACUAAAAAUAUUUGUUUUAAAGUGAAGAUAUUAAAAAUUAAGUAGGUUUUAAAUAUUCUCAUGAAACCGAUAGAUCAUUCAUUCAUGACCCUUGUGGUAUCUCAGUUUCGUUCUUUCACAUGGUCACUUGAAAAAUGACUGAAGAUUUGACUCCAACCGUUGUACUUCGUAACAACAGGCUGGCAAAUCCUAAGGACUCUGAUGCUGAAAUUGCAACCGGAAAAGCAUCACCAGAAAGCUGUGAAACUUCUAAGGAUUGUGGGACAGAGAAAGAAGAAUCCACUGAAAAAUGCCAAUUUUCUGAUCCACUACAAAGUGGCAGCAGAGACAUAGAUUCAGAUCCAGAGGACGAUGCUCAAGGAUCUAGAGGUUACUUCGCAGAAACAGUUGAUUUUCCAGAUAGCCCCCUUCAUUUGAAACUUUUGAAAAAAAGGAGUAGAGAGGCUCAAGGUCUUGAUACGGAGGAUGAUGAUGAAGAAGAAUCAACAACUUUUUCUAUUAUGGGAAAGGGUCAUCAUCCACCUAAUCGGUCCAGAAAAGAGAGACCUAAAACUCUAAGUACUUCUAAUGCUAAGAAUGUGGAUUCACGACGCAAAAUAACGGUAAAUCCAGAUAUUCUUAGUUCAGAUGUUCUUAAAGAUGAUGACCAAAGAAGCAUUGACUCUUUAAGUAAUAGAAGUGAUGGAUUCACAACUCUCGAUGACCUAGCUACUCCGGAUGAUAUUGAUACUCCAGAUGAUCUGGAUGAUGAUUUAUUUGAUACAACUGAAGAAAUUCGAGACGAUGGAGGCCAUUGGAAAUCAUGCGUAGUUGGUGGAGAGGAAAGGCGUAUUGAUAUGAAAGUUAUUGAACCUUAUAAAAAAGUUUUAUCACAUGGAGGUUACAUCGGAUCAUCGAAUUUAGUCAUUAUAGUCUUCAGUGCAUGUUACUUACCAGACCGUGCUAGACUUGACUACGAUUACGUUAUGGACAAUCUUUUCUUAUACGUUUUGACAACCUUGUCUCAAUUAGUUGCUGAAGACUACGUAUUGAUUUACCUUCACGGUGCCACAUCUCGAAGUUGUAUGCCGAGUUUUGGAUGGUUAAAGCGUUGUUAUCAAAUGAUUGACAGAAGGUUAAGAAAAAACUUAAAAGGAUUAUACUUAGUACACCCUACAUUUUGGUUGAAAACUAUCGUAAUAAUGACAAAACCCUUUAUCAGCUCCAAAUUUAGCAGGAAGUUACGCUUCGUGAAUAGUUUGCAAGAGCUAGAAGAGUUGAUUCCUAUGGACCACGUCUGUAUUCCAGACAAAGUCAAAGAGUUUGACGAAACAAGAAUUUUGAUUCCGUGAAGUGAAUGCUCCAGAAGAAUAUAUAUUGGUCAAUCAGAACAUUACUUCCAAGUACUCCAAAGAAUAUUCAUUUUAAAAGGCAAACUUUUGUAAAAACAUAUUGAUGAAACAGAUUUACAUUAUGUUUAUGCUUAUUUUGAAGCGAAAUAGUACACAAAUAAAUUAAUAUGAGGAG